UGUGUGAGUUGCUUUUUCCACAAUUGCAGGCACGAGUAGGAUUGAUGGCGAUGGUAACAGUGAUCUCCUGGAUAAGCCCUGAAAAGGGAACCUUACAAAGGAGAAACCUCCCAACAUCCCUCCAAUUCCAAACCUUUGGUUCCUCGUGGGUCACGUGUCCCUUAUUACCGAGUAUGGAACACUGGGUAUAUAUCCAAGAAAUAAUAUAAAAAAGUCUCAGCCUUUUUGUUGAUUCCUCAACUGCCACCGUUGAGCCUCGUACUAUGAUGAAGCCAACAGCUAUAAACAGACCAUGUUUCAGACCACCAUUGUUGCCCUUGUGUGUUCCUCGUCAUAACCCAUAUUUUCUGGCAAGAAAUGGUCUUUUCUCCGGUUUGUCUCUGGUUUCACUGCCGAAUGCCAGGACGUUUUCAUUUACUGUACGUGCCACUGAGAAUUCCAAUCAGGGAAACUCAGAUGGAAGUACUCACAAGAAGAUUUUGAAAUCAGCAUAUAUGUCAACCUUAACAAAAGCAUUCUUACAUUUCACUUUGAGUAACUUUCUUCCUAUAGCUCUGAUCAGUGGAGUAGUUUUGGGAAUUGCAAAUCCAACUCUUGGCUGCCUUGCUCACAAAUAUUCAUUGUCAAAAUUUAGUACUUCCGGAAUUUUCUUUAUCUCAGGACUGAAGUUACAAGGUGGGGAAUUUCAAGCUGUUGCAAAAGCCUGGCCAGCUGGAAUAUUUGGGCUCGCUUCAAUUCUGUUGCUUAGUCCCUUCUUCUCCAUGCUGAUUUUGCAAGUUCAGCUUGUGCCUCAGGAGUUUGUAACAGGAUUGGCUAUUUUUAGUUGUAUGCCAACAACAUUAUCAAGUGGAGUUGCAUUGACACAACUUGUUGGUGGGAACUCUGCUCUUGCUCUUGCAAUGACUGUGAUAUCCAAUUUAUUAGGCAUUUUAACAGUGCCAUUUUGGAUCUCACAGUUUUUCGCUGAUGGUUUUGGUGUACCCAUUCCAGCAAGGGAGCUAUUUUGGAGUCUAAUUUUCACCCUUCUCAUCCCUUUAGUUUUGGGAAAGGUAGUACGGAAUAUGUUUAAAGGUCUGGCAGCAUACAUUGAUCAGAAUCAAAGGAUUUCCUCAAUGAUAAGUACAAUCCUUCUUAGUCUUACGCCAUGGAUGCAAGUAAGUAAAUCAAGACCCUUGCUUUUAACGUUUAUGCCGCAAGUAUUUAUUGAAGCCAUUGGGAUGGGAAUAUUAGUGCAUCUCACCUUACUGGGUUUUAACACCAUUGCAUUAAAGUGCAUGUCAGCUGCUUUUGGUGGUACUGAAUCCAUUUUUGCAAAGAAAGAGAAUUUCCGUGCUCUCUUAAUAGUUUGUAGCCAGAAAGCCCUGCUUAUCGUUGUAGCUGUGGUGGAGCAGCUCAGUGGUACACUAGGUGAAUCAGGGCUGCUAGUUCUUCCUUGUGUUGCUGCACAUAUUAACCAGGUCAUCAUCGAUUCACUAUUGGUAAACUUUUGGCUCCAGAAAGAUAAGUCAUACGACAAAAAUUUUGAAGCAUGACCCUCCUUGAUUUGAGAAAACAAAAAAAAAAAAAACACCCUUAAAGUUGCAUGGUAAUUGCUUCAUCCAUGACAAAAGAUAGGGUUUAUUUUAAUGACUAAGUUCAGCAACUGUGAGCCUGUUGAGGGCCUCUUGAAAUGAGAUUUGUAUGGAUUGGAAUGAUGACUGUAAAUGUUGUAGUUAUAUUCUGAAAUUGGAAUGAUAAAAAUGAAUGUACGGAUGAAUGCUAGAAUUUUGUUUUUGUUCCUCACCAA